AUGCAGAACAUAUUCACAGUGCUGUUGGACUCCGAGAUGUCGAUGUCUGCGCCGAUCGCCCGCUUCCAGGAGUUCACGGAGUACAAGGACGUCCAGCAGUCGCCAACGCCCAUAUACAUGCAGAACUACCUGGAGUUGCUCGACAAACUGCUUGUGUCCGAGAUACCGUUGGAGCCAAAGAACAGAGUGAAAGAGAGAGAUGAUGAAGAGAAGGAGGACAAGUUGCUGUGCGCUACAGAAGACAAAAUGCCGUUCACAUACAGCGGUGUGGCGUGCAGACGCCACGCGAACCGGUGCUGGGGGUUCGCGUGCCAGUGGCCGCUGUGCGCCGAGCCGCACCGGCGCGCGCUGCUGCUGCUCGUGGAGCGCGCCAUGCCGCUGCUCGCCAAGCCGCAUCUCGCCACCGACAUGCUGUGCGACAGUCUGGACGCAGGGGGGCCUAUAUCUAUGCUGGCGCUACAAGGAGUACUGGAGCUGGUGAGACAGCACAACAUCGAUUACCCGGACAUGUACGACCGGCUGUACGCCAUGUUCGAGCCGGAGAUGUUCGCCACGCGCUACAAGAAGCGGCUCAUGCACCUCGCAGAUAUAUUCCUUAGUUCUACACAUUUGCCAGAAAGUCUAGUAGCGGCGUUCGCGAAGCGCCUGUCCCGGCUGGCGCUGGUGGCGUCUCCGGAGGACGCAGUGGGCCUGCUGCAGCUGGUCGCCAACCUCUUGCUGCGACAUCCCGCUCUCAAACGCAUGAUCUGCUACGAAGACACACCAGCUAUAAUGUCAGGCGACCCGUACGUGAUGGAGGAGACGUCGGCGUCUCGUGCGCGCGCGCUGGGCUCGCUGCUGUGGGAGGUGUGCGCGCUGCGCCGCCACGCGUGCGCGCCACUCGCCGCCGCCGCCGCGCGCGUGCUGCUCGCCGCCAGCACCGCUGCCAGCGCCGCCAGCGCCGCCACCGCCGCCGCCGCGCCGCUCGACGCGCACAGCAUGUUCGACGCGGAACUAAAAAAGAGGUUCAAGACUAUCGAGGUGAACUUCGUCCGGCCGCAGGGCAUGGCCGCGCCGUCCGGCGAGCGGCUCCUGCAGUACUGGGAGCUGAUGGCCUGAACACAACCGCAGCCCACGCGACGGUCCGCCAGGUUAUAGCACUUACAUCUGCCACGUACUGUGAGAUUGGGUGAUUUUUACUGCAUUUUCCUUGGUUAUAACAGUAUUUGUGAUAUGUGGAAACAUUGAAGAAGUUAGUUUGCGCCACUGUUGAUGGCUACUACUGUCGGAAAUGUAACGACUCCACUAGAAUACACACUGUCACUGUCGUACUGUCAAAGCACUGGUUUCACGCGUGACGUCAUGUCCAUACAUUCUCGACAGUGAGUGACCACGGUCAGCAUCUACAAAACCGGCUGUCUUAUAUAGGGUGUUGACAAAUAGGUAUAAGAAAACACUACAACUAAAAAAAGGAAUAUGUUUUUGGUUAUAAAUUAUUUAUUUAAUAUUUGGUGUUGUCGUUUUUAGGAACUAGCGAUAAGGUUGAUGUUAUUUACAGUGAUUUUGGCUGUUGGAUGUAUUUAUUUAUGGCGCAAACGAUAAACCUGGGUCCAUAUAAUUGUUCUGAAAUGGCACCAACAUGUUAAUGUUUAAAUGAAACAUUGAAAAUAGUAAUGAUGACGCUGUCUGCAUUAUAUUGCAUUAUGAUUGGAUGGUAUAUGGUAUCGGAUUUUUCAUUUUUUUACACAUUUUAAAACUCACUAAUUCAAGUGUUUUAUUGUAGAAAAUUUACAAAUUAAUACAUUUAACCGAUGAGGAUGAUAAAUUGACAUUAUCAGUUUCUCAUUCAAAUAUGUCUCAGGAUAUGUUCUCCAAAGGAACUAAGUAAGUUUAAAGCUAGCACAACAUCUUUUCAAGUGGUAUUUAUGUUUAAAAGUUUUUUUUAUUUAUUUACCAAUUUUACGAUAACUUUGGGAGUAACCAAUUCAAUGAAAGAGAAUUAUCUGUAAUAGGUUUAGCACAGUUUUAUUUACGUAUAAACUUGAGUUUAUACUGCCGACUUAUUUUUCAAAUUGCAACAUUACAUUCUUUUAAAUUUUCGAAAGAAGUAGAUUAAUAAAAAUUAUUAAAAAAAG